AUGGCCACCCCUACUGCCACCCCGGGUCCUAACGACACCACCCACAUCCCCAUCCCGGAGAACCUCACGGCCGGCAAGACUCAAGAGCGUCGCCUCAAGGACCAGAUUGGCUAUGUCGCCUCUCCCUUCCCCCUCAAGGCCUCCCAGCAGGCUCAGGUCACCCAAAUCUUGACUCAGUCCGGCUUCAUGCCCCAGGAGCUCGUGUCUGGCGAGGUCGACUGGUUCUACAACGGCCUCGGCAUUGACAACGCGUACUUCAUUUCCGAGACCCCUGCCGUCAUUGCCGACCACGUCCUUGCCCUCUACUCGGCCAAGCUCCUUGCCUACACCAAGCACGACCCCGAGAAGCUCGUGAUUGACCUCGAGAAGGUCACCACCGAGGACGAGGUCAAGCAGGGUGGCAAGGAGGGUGCCGUCUUCAUCCACUCGUCUGCUGCCGGCAUCACCGCCAAGGACGGCCCGGGUUCGACCGUGGAGCGCCGCAUCGACGCCGGCUUCCUCGACAAGUCGACCCCUGAGAAGGCUUACCGCCUCGAGACCUACCGCUCGGCUGGUUCCAUCUCGUCGACCAUCUCGCAGCAGCUCCGCUGCUACUUUGUCUCGCCCUGCACUUUCCCCAAGACUGCUGCUGUCCGCGAUGCCAACGGCCAGAUUGACAUUCGCUCGGUCUCGGACGAGGCGUUCCUCGAGAAGGCCACCCCCAACACCCUCGAGAUUUACCAGUCGGUCCUCAACGAGGUUGAGCGUCGCCACGGUAUCGUCAUUGAGCAGUACCAGAUCGAGGACUCGCGCGAGCACCGUGUCGUCAUUGGUUACAAGAUGGGCUCGACCCACUCGUACUUUGCCGCCCUCUCGGACCUCUACCACUUCUACGGCCUCUACUCGCCCCGCAAGUACGUCGAGCAGUUCUCGAACGGCAUCACCAUUGUCUCGCUCUACCUCAACCCCGUCCCCAACUCGAAGGCUCCCCCCAUCGAGCACUCGAUCCACCAGGUCGUCCGCGAGGCUUCGCUCCUCUACUGCAUUCCCGACAACCCGUUCUUCACCGUUGCCUCGGGUGAGACCCCUCACGCCGUCCAGGAGGCCACCUACGCCUACGUCGGAUGGAUCUUCACCCAGCACUUCUGCAACCGUCUGGGUAACGCCUACAUGUCGCUCAAGAACAUUCUUGACGAGAACGACCCCAACCAGGCCGAGGUUCUCAACAAGAUCAAGCAGCGUUUCCGUGAGGAGACCUUCACCCGCGAGAACAUUCGCGAGGUGAUCCAGGCCCACCCCGAGCUUAUCCGCAUGCUCUACAUCAACUUUGCCAUGGUCCACUACCCCGUGGCCGACGAGGCUUCGCAGCUCACCCCUACGCUCUCGUUCCAGCGCAUCAAGACUGAGGAGCCCCUCUCGGACGCCGACCUCUUUGCCAAGAUCCGCAAGACCGCCUCCAACCCCCACGCUGCCCAGAUCCUCGAGGCCUUCCUUGUCUUCAACAAGCACGUCCUCAAGUGUAACUUCUACCAGCCCACCAAGGUUGCCCUCUCGUUCCGCCUCAACCCGGGCUUCCUCCCCGAGAUCGAGUACCCCAAGCAGCCCUUCGGCAUGUUCUUCGUUGUCGGCUCCGACUUCCGUGGCUUCCACGUCCGCUUCCGCGACGUUGCCCGUGGUGGUAUCCGUCUCGUCCGCUCGCGCGGAAAGGAGAACUACAACUCGAACAUCCGUACCCUCUUUGACGAGAACUACAACCUCGCUGCCACCCAGACCCUCAAGAACAAGGACAUUCCCGAGGGCGGUUCCAAGGGUACCAUCCUCCCCUCGCUCGGCGCCAACCCCCGCAACUGCUUUGAGAAGUACGUCGACGCUGUCAUCGACCUCCUCAUCCCUGGCCAGUCGCCUGGCAUCAAGGGCCCCAUUGUCGAUGUUUCGGGCCGCACCACCCCCGAGAUCCUCUUCUUCGGUCCCGACGAGGGAACUGCCGAGAUGAUGGACUGGGCCGCGCUCCACGCUCGCGCUCGCGGUGCUCCUUGGUGGAAGUCGUUCACUACCGGCAAGUCGGCAGAGCACCUCGGCGGUAUCCCCCACGAUGUCUACGGCAUGACUUCGCUCUCGGUCCGCCAGUACAUCCUCGGUGUCUACAAGGCCCACGGCCUCAAGGAGAAGGACGUCACCAAGAUGCAGACCGGUGGUCCCGACGGUGACCUCGGCUCCAACGAGAUCCUCCUGUCCAACGACAAGACUGUCGCCAUCAUUGACGGCUCGGGUGUCCUCUACGACCCCCAGGGUCUCAACCGCCCCGAGCUCAUCCGUCUUGCCAAGGGCCGCAAGAUGAUCGGUGACUUCGACUCGGCCAAGCUUGGCCCCGAGGGCUACAAGGUUCUCGUCUCGGACCAGGACUACAAGCUCCCCACUGGCGAGAUUGUUCCCGACGGUACCGAGUUCCGCAACUCGUUCCACCUCCGCGUCAAGUGCGACCUCUUCGUCCCCUGCGGUGGUCGUCCCGAGUCGGUCAACAUUUCCAACGUCUCGCAGCUCGUCGACUCGGAGGGCAAGCCCAACUUCAAGUACGUUGUUGAGGGUGCCAACCUCUUCUUCUCGCAGCAGGCUCGCUUCUGGCUUGAGAAGAAGGGCGUGGUGCUUUACAAGGACUCGUCGACCAACAAGGGUGGUGUCACCUCGUCGUCGCUCGAGGUCCUCGCCGGUCUCUCCCUCACCGACCCCGAGUACGUCGACAAGAUGAUCUUCAAGGACGGCAAGAAGUCGGCCUUCUACGAGGCCUACGUCCGCGAGAUCCAGCAGAAGAUUUGCGAGAACGCCGCCGCCGAGUACAACUGCAUCAACAAGCAGUGGCACGCCCAGAAGGGCACCAUGGCCCGCACGACCAUCUCGGACCGUCUCUCGACCACCCUCAACAAGCUCCAGGACGACCUCGAGUUCUCCGAGCUUUACGACGAUGAGAAGAGCCGCCGCAGUGUCCUCGCCAAGGCCUGGCCCCAGACCCUCAUCGACACUGUCGGCCUCGACGAGCUCCUCCGCCGCCUCCCCGAGCACUACCUGCGAGCCACCUGGAGCGCGUGGAUCUCUUCGCACUACAUCUACCACUCGGGCAUGGACGCCGGCAAUGUGGAUUUCUACCUGUUUAUGAAGCACAUUCAGUAG